AUGCAGCGGGAGAGGAUGCUUGGAUACGCGUGCUUGCUUGUACGACAGCUCUGCAUAGACACAUACUCGUUUGCCCAGGAUACAGUUGGAACACUGUUGACCGCAGUCGCAGCGCAAUUUCCUAGCCGGACAUGGAUUGCACGAGACAGGACCUCGCACCUAUCUGUGCAUGAUGAAGGCCGGACUGCACUUCUGGGUUCACAUUACAAGAACGGACAAACCGUAGACCUUGAUCGAUACUAUUUCCGCUGCUUUGAAUGGGAAAUAGAGGAUUUGAUGGAUAGUGUGAGCCAUAGUAGUAUCCAGUAA